GGCAGUGGGAGGGGAUAGCUAAUCUGCUAGCUUGCUAGAACAUUGUUUCGUCAAGUAGGCUAACCUCUACACUGUGGCACUCUGCAGACUUUCAAAGGAAAUAAAUCGAUUCUACUCACACUUUUGAUGGACGCGUGAUAUCUCCUGAAAUACAUUGAUGAAAGAGUCUUAUGUGAUUACACAUUGAGUAUUCGAAGAAUUUGUCACAUUUAAACGUGGGAUUUUGGUUAUCUUUCGGCGAGCGGAGGACAGCUUUUAGGAGGCUUCACAGAGGUUCUUCGUCCUGAAAUGGACACAGGAAUUGUCCCCGAAAAGAAAAGGGUGAGCUCCGAGCGCAGGAAGGAGAAGUCUCGCGACGCGGCGCGAUGCCGCCGGGGGAAGGAGUCGGAGGUGUUCUACGAACUGGCCCAGGAGCUGCCCCUGCCUCACAGCGUCAGCUCCAAUCUGGACAAGGCCUCCAUCAUGAGGCUCACCAUCAGCUACCUGCGCAUGAGGAAGAUGCUCAACACAGUCGAACCGGCUGAAGUGGAGGAGUCAGAGCUGGACUGCCAGCUGAACGGCUCCUACCUGAAGGCUCUGGACGGCUUCCUCAUGGUGCUGUCGGACGACGGAGACAUGAUCUAUCUCUCCGACAGUGUCAACAGGUGCCUGGGCCUGGCACAGUUUGACGUGACAGGACACAGUGUGUUUGACUACACACACCCAUGUGACCAGGAGGAGCUGAGGGAAAUGCUGGUUCAUCGAACAGGAUCUUCUAAGAAGUCCAAGGAACAAACCACUGAGCGCAGCUUUUUCCUGCGCAUGAAAUGCACCCUCACCAGCAGGGGGCGCACUGUCAAUGUCAAAUCGGCAACAUGGAAGGUGCUCCACUGCUCAGGCCACGUGAAGCUGUACGAGACCCCAGCGGAGCAGGGCUCGUGUGGGCACAAGGAGCCCCCUGUGCCCUUCCUGGUGCUCGUCUGCGACCCCAUCCCCCACCCCUCCAACAUCGAGGUCCCACUGGACACCAAGACCUUCCUGAGCCGCCACACUCUCGACAUGAAGUUCACCUACUGUGACGAGAGGAUCACAGAGCUGAUGGGCUACGAUCCCGAGGACCUGUUAAACCGCUCAGUGUACGAAUACUAUCACGCCCUGGACUCAGACCAUCUCACCAAGACCCAUCACAACUUGUUUGCUAAGGGCCAGGUCAUCACAGGCCAGUAUCGCAUGCUGGCCAAGAAAGGAGGCUUUGUGUGGGUGGAGACACAGGCCACAGUCAUCUACAGCAGCAAGAACUCCCAGCCACAGUGUGUGGUCUGUGUCAACUUUGUUCUCAGUGGCAUCCAAGAGGAGCAGCUGAUUUUGUCUUUGGAGCAGACAGGCGCCGUCAGGCCUGUGAAGCAGGAGCUCGUUCAGGAGAAGGAGGUGGAGGAGGAGACAGCUGUCGAGGAGGUUGAGGAGGUGGUGGUGGAGGAGGAGGAGGAAGAGAGCAGCAGCCAGACAGAUGUGUCUCUGGAGGAGCCCAAAAGCCCUGAGCUGGACGUGAUCAAGAUGUUCACCCAGACUGUGGAGCCCUCGUCCCUGACCAGCCUGUACGACAGGCUGAAGGGGAAGCCUGAGGCCCUGACCCAGCUGGCCCCGGCUGCUGGAGACGCCAUCAUCCACCUGGACUUCAGCUGCCCCGACAUCCAUCUGCAGGAGGUUCCCCUCUACAACGAUGUGAUGCUGCCCUCCACCAGUGAGAAGCUGGCCCUGUCCCCUCUGCGCCCCAGCGAGCCCCUCUCUCCCCCCUCCUUAGUGGUCCCCAGGCAGGAGGACUUCCCCUUCCCAGUGUCCUCUGCUCCAGAGACCUCCAGCUCGCCAGGCAGCAACAGCUUGGAACGCAGCCCCGCAGAGCCCGACAGCCCGCUGGACUUCUGCUUCUCCAUGGACUCCGAUAUCAACUCUGCGUUUAAGCUCGACCUGGUGGGGAAGCUGUUCGCCAUCGACACGGAGCCCAAGACUCCUUUUACCGCGCAGGCCAUGGAUGACCUGGAUCUGGAGAUGCUGGCCCCCUACAUCCCCAUGGAUGAUGACUUCCAGCUGCGCACCCUGUCCCCAGAUGAGCCCCUGUCCUGCAGCCCCUCCCAGCACCUGGAGGGUUCCCCUCUGAGCCUGGCUCACGAGGUCAGCUACCCCGGCUCUCCCUUCAGCGCUCCCAGUCGCACCGCCUCCCCUGCACCCCCACCCCCAGAGACAACAGAACAUCUUCAUCUUGUCACCAAAACCCAGAGGGCCCCCCAGUUGGACAGUGAGAUCUCCCUGAGAACUCUGGCCACCCACAACGCACAGCGGAAGAGGAAGCUGGACACCGUGACCUCCCUGUCCCAGAUGAUGGGGCUGGGCAUGGUGCUCCCGGGCCUGGCUGAGCAGGGGAAGAAGCCCAAGGUGUCUGAAACGUGCAGGCCAGAGACGCUGUCCCACAGGACCAUACUGCUCCUGCCUACAGACCUUGCCAGCCGUCUGCUUGGCUGCUCAUCCGAGGGCAGCACCUCCCCCCUAACCCUCCCCCAGCUCACCCGCGACGACUGCGAGGUCAACGCCCCCGUUCUGGACCGCCAGCAUCUGCUCCAGGGGGAGGAGCUGCUGCGAGCUCUGGACCAAGUCAUCUGAGACAACGCUUCGCCUGCCCACUGCUAGACUAGACCGGACACUACAACCCCCCCCCUGUACUAACCCCUCUUAGAACACCCAACCCCCCCCCCCCCGUACUAACCCCUCUUAGAACACCCAACCCCCCCGUACUCACCCCUUUCUGAACACCCAACCCCCCUGUACUCACCCCUCUCAGAACACCCAACCCCCCUGUACUCACCCCUUUCUGAACACCCAACCCCCCUGUACUCACCCCUCUCAGAACACCCAACCCCCCUGUACUCACCCCUUUCUGAACACCCAACCCCCCUGUACUCACCCCUCUUAGAACACCCAACCCCCCCCCCCCGUACUCACCCCUCUCAGAACACCCAACCCCCCUGUACUCACCCCUUUCUGAACACCCAACCCCCCUGUACUCACCCCUCUCUGAACACCCAACCCCCCUGUACUCACCCCUCUUAGAACACCCAACCCCCCCCCCCCCCCCGUACUCACCCCUCUCAGAACACCCUUCCCCUCCACCCCAACCUCACCACCCCUUUAUUUAUAUCUCGUCUGUUUUGAUUUGUUAAGUUUGUCUGCCGUCUGUGCACACCCUGCUGUGGCCUCCUCUGGUUCUCCACCCUGAGGAACACCAGAGAUGAGUUUGAAGCUGGUGUGGGAGGCCCAGCGGUGUUGGCCCCCCUGUUUCUCUGUGGGGGGCUUCCCAGACGGCACACAGAGCAGCCCCUCGAAGGAGGACGCCUGUUCAGGUGUUCUUCUGAGAACAUGGGCGCUACUGCCAGCAGUGUAUUGUAAGCUUCAGUCGCACAAUGUAUAUUUUCUUAAUAAGAAUAAAUAUUACCAGCAAUAUAUAUAUAUGAAGCCUUUUUAAAGUCGUCUAAAUGGGAUUUUAACCGUUUUAGUUUUCUCCUCCUCCUUGGUUAUAGUACAUCUCCUAAAGUCUGUAGUUCUGAAUUUGUAAUUCAUUGCUUAAACGUACAGUUUGAAUGUUAAUCUCAUAUAAUGGUUCCCAGUCUUUGAGAUUAAUGCAUUUAAUGUGUAGCUGUCAGUAUCACUUAAUUACAUUGUCAGUAUGUCACUUUAUUACAUUAUUCUACCUGUGUGUUACUGUGUGGAGACCAGGUGAUUGGCUUUUAAGACACUUUCAGUGGACUAUUACACUCUAAAUUCAAUAGACGAGAGAGCAAAAGAUUCUAGAUGCAAUUUGUUAUGUUUCUUAUCAAGGAAGAUUGGACACUUAAUUUGAACAAACAACCGAACCGUUUUGUCACUUUGUUACCGAAUCAGGCACUCCACUUAAAGUGAAGAGUAAUUCAUAAAGAUUGAUUACUUUAUUAUGUCAUAGUAUGUACAUGUGUGAGUAGCUCAAGAAAACCUAUGUUCUCGGUUUUAGUAAGUUGUAUGUUAUUGGUCUGUGUACUUCAGUGUUGGGUUUCUUACGUGCA